AUGUUCUGGAAGGUAUUUCGUCUUGUGCGCGAGCGAGCCACUGGCGACAAGAUCGAUCCUAUUACUACGCGUCAAAUGAAACGGGUGAUUCGGCAUCUUUCUAAGAAGUACCAAUUGGAGAAGAGCUGUGAGAAGUUGGUCAUUUAUGUGGAGGACCCUGCAAAAGUUGUAGAGACUACGGUUGUGACGACCCGGAAGAAGUUUGGCCACGGCCACCAUUGGAUUGAACUGUACUUGUUCCUACAGCUGGCUGGCCUUGCUAUAAACUAG